GUCUACACUGUGCACACAACAAGGUAGAUUCACAGGUCUUAGUGCUACACAAUAUCACUGACCACAAACAAGAUGAAGAUGAAGCUGCCUGAGCGGAUCCUGAAUCACAUCCUGGAGAUUCUCUACCUGCUGACGGGAGAGCGUGUGACUAACUCACUGACAGCGAGUCACAUGACUGGGGACAAGACGACAACAGAGAGGAUACUGACCCACACCCUGCAGAUCAUGUACCUGCUGACAGGAGAGGUGCCUAUAAAGUGUGAUGAUGUUGCUGUGUAUUUCUCUAUGGAGGAGUGGGAGUAUAUAGAGGGACACAAGGAGCUUUACAAGGACGUCAUGAUGGAGACUCACCAAGCACUAAGGACUAUGGAGAUCCCAGGAAACAAGAGCUCAGAACUAACAGGUCACAGUGAUAAACAUCUAGACACAGGAACAUAUGCAGUACAGAAUAUUCAGCCAUCAGAUGUCUCUGCAGGUCUUUCAGCUGAACCAGUGGACGCUUACUUCAGGAUGGCUACUAGAAGCAGAAGAAUGCCUAAGAAGUAUCUGGAUGGCGAGAAUUUGUGGACGGGCAGCGCAGUGCGAGAGGAGAAGAAGGCCAAGAAGAGAAAAAGGAACACUGUAGGAGUUAGAGGCAUGGAGUCACAGGGAACUGUCUUUCCUGAAAGGCUAGGGAGUGCUGUGCAGGCUGUCACAGAGGCUGGAAAGGAGGUUUCAUUUGGAAUCACGGCUGGGGAAGGGCGAAGGGAGCAGCCAACUAAGGAGCAACGAGAUCAAGGAACAGAGAGCCAGCAGGAGCAACCCGGUCCGAGCAAAGUGAGGCCUAGGGAGGAACUUUCAAUUCGUGGAGCGGGGGUACAUAAGAAAGAAAGUGCCUUAAAGUGA